AUGCCGAAAAAGAAGAUUUCAACCACGAAACUCGACUCGCUCUACGAUGCGCUCAAAAUCCCGCGGGAGGGCAACGUCCCCUGUCUCGGACACAUGAAAUCUAACUUCAGAUGUGCGGCCGAUCGAACACAUCGAAGGGACAAUAUUGAAUCAACCUUACACGACAUCAUCGAUGCCCUCAAGGAUGGAGACACAAAGGAUUCGGAUGGGGUUCAAAAGUUGCUUAUGGAUCUGGCCCGGCGGCUUACAUGUAGGAAAAAGCACCACGAUCAUCCGGUUACUCGCGGAUCUCGUGACUGCGACAAGUAUGAAUACGUCGCUUUUGUGCUUGGCAAGAGAUUGGGGUAUUGGGAUGAAGAUGCGGAUGGCGAAACACCAGAGAGUACGAGUAAAAGACGGCCCGUGCCUCUCUUUAGCCUCCAUGGUCGUCUUAAGCAGGCUGGUAAGAGCCUGGUCGUGCCUGACUUUACCAUCUCUCGGCACCGUAAGCAGGCUAAAUCGAGCGAUGAAGAGGACGAGUACUUGGAACACGACGAUGAAGAUUACGAUGAAGAUUACGAUGAAGACUCCGACGAAGACUACAACCAAGAGUCCUCGGAAGAUGAAUAUGAAGAUGAGGAAUUGGAAGACAGAGAUGAAGACGAGGAGGGGGACGAGGAGGGGGACGAGGAGGAGGAUGAGGAAGAAGAUGAAGAAGUGACUGAAGUGUCCACCGAAGAGUCAACCAUGUCUCGUCGCCAACGACCGAAACCCAAACGAGAGGGGCCUAUGAUAGGCGACUCAGCCGUUGUCACUCCGAUCAAACAGCGUGGUAGACCAAGCCGCAACUCGCGGGCCAGCACGCCGAGAACGGGACAAGUAGUCGACCGCUUUGACUCUUUGUCAGUCAUCGACGAUGCCUCGACCUCGUCUUCCGAGUCGGUCAUCUCGCCAGGUGCCAGCGAAGUCUUUAGCCCUGUCUCGACUGCCUCGACACCGAUGUCUAUUGGUGGCCUUCCUGACUCGGAGGUUCGACCGCGUCGCUCUCGCUAUACAAGAGGCGAAGACGAAAGUCCAACGCGAAGGCGAAGACCCUCAACGGACGAUGACCUCACCGACGGUGCUAGAAGGAGCAGAAGAGCUGCCAACAACCACACUGCCUCUGGCUCGUUACGAAUCUCCAAAUAUGGCAAUGACUCAACUACCACGAGGGAAAAGAGUUCUCGAAAGGGAAACAAGCAACUCGAGCAGGGUUUACAAUUGGGCGACCAAGACUUCGACGAGGUCGGAAAUCCGGUGGGAAAGCUCCUGAAAAGCAUAGAAUAUUCCCCAGCAAAAAAGAGUCUCUUGCCAGGUUGGGUAUACUGCUUCGCUGACAAGAGAACUCCUGGGUACCUCAAGAUUGGAUAUAAACUGGACGAGGAUAAAAACGGCAAAACUAUGCUGUCACUCGCGGAACAGCAGGACGACACUCAGGUCAGAAAGAGACUUCGUACGUGGGAGCUGGAUUGCAAGCUCGACAUAGACUGCAGGUUCAUAGUCUAUAUGCCGUGCGCGGCCCGGACGAUGGAGAAAUUAAUCCAAACGACGUUGCACAAGAGUAACCGAAGGGGGUUUUGUCCCAACCGAGCCUGCACGAAGGAUCACAGGGAGUGGUUCGAGAUUUCGGAGGCCGAGGCCCGCAGGGCCGUCGAGGUAUGGCAGCAGUUCAGCAAGCUCAUGCCAUACAAUGAUAUGGGGCGACUGGACGAAUUCUGGCACAACUACGCAAGGGGAAAGUGCAACUCUUUUUCUCGCUGGCCGACCGACAAGUGGGUGGAUAAGAUAUGGGCUGAGGCGAUCUCCCCAGCCGCGGUUGAGCGAAGAAAUAUGAUCUGUAAGUUACAGGAGAAGGAGGCUCAGCUUGCGGAGAGACGAAAGGAAACAGAAGAAAGAAAGAAGGAGCUCGAUUUUGAAAUCCAGAAACUUGAACGAGAGGAAGAGAAGAUUCAACAGGAGUUAGCUAGGUUGCAAAGCCAACGCUGA